ACACUGUCUGUUGACUCUCUUCCUCUGCUAUCUAUUCCUUUUCCUCUGUUUCAUCUCUACUUUCAAUUACUUCGUAUCCUCUCUGCAAAUUCACAUCAAUAGCAACAUUAAACUCUCAUUUCAGCUAACAAAUGGCGCCAGCGCGCCACCCAGAUUGGUAUUCACCGGAAACAGGCAUCUACAAAAGCAUGCACUCGUCCGUCCCCCUACCCGCUGACCCAUUUCUGGACGUCGUUUCCUUUGUUUUCUCUCACCGACAUGACGGCCUCUCAGCUUUAGUCGAUUAUUCAUCUGGGCGUUCAAUAUCUUACUCAAAGUUGCCACCUUUGGUCCAAUCCGUGGCAGCUGGCAUCCGCAACAUGGGUGUGUCUAGAGGCGACGUGGUUCUGCUUUUGUUACCCAAUUCAGUUUACUUUCCUAUUGUCUUCCUUGGUGUUCUUUCUUUGGGUGCAAUUGUUACAACCAUGAAUCCGCUCAGCAGCGAACCGGAAAUCAAGAAGCGGAUUCUUGAUUGCGAUGUGCGCUUUGCUUUUACUGAGUUUCAAAAUGCUGAGAUAUUAAAGAAUCUGGGGGUUUCUGCAAUUGGGGUGCCGGUAAACAUGAACUUUGAUCGGACUCAAGUUCAUUUUUCAACAUUUAGUGAUCUUAUUUCUGGUGAUUUUGAUACACCGCCGAAACUCGCGAUUAGACAGGAAGAUCCUGCCACAAUCAUGUAUUCCUCGGGUACAACAGGCGUUAGCAAAGGCGUUGUUUUAUCCCAUGGAAAUUUUAUAGCAAUGGUUGAGCUUUUUGUGCGGUUUGAGGCUUCACAGUAUGAAUAUUCACCUUCAACAAAUGUGUAUUUGGCAGUUCUUCCAAUGUUCCAUAUAUAUGGCCUUUCACUUUUUGUGCUGGGAUUGUUGGCCUUGGGGUCUACCGUUAUUGUCAUGAGGAAAUUCGAUCCCCACGAAGUGGUGAAAGCCAUCGGCAGGUAUAGAGUAACACAUUUUCCUGCUGUUCCACCAAUUCUGAUGGCACUGACAGAGAAAGCGAAGGGUGUUCGGGAAAAUGGCUUAGAGAGCUUGAAACAGGUUUCUUGUGGGGCAGCUCCUUUAAGCGGGAAAUGCAUAGAGGAAUUUCUUCGGGCUUUUCCUCAUGUUGAUUUCAUUCAGGUACUUACAUGCUUUGUAGGGGUGCCAAAAAGCCGCCCGAUAUUAACUUGAUCGUAAUUCAAACUAUAAAAAUGAGUUAAGUUU